AUGGACGACUCUGAACUCCAAGCUAUAAGACAGGCAAGAUUACGAGAAUUGCAAGCACAAGCAACACAAGGCGGUGGAUCAAAAUCAUCUGCGGAGGAUGCUGAAAAGAAACGUGAAAUGGAAGAGACGAGGCAGACAAUGCUAGUUCAAAUACUCGACAAUGAAGCUCGAGAGCGACUUGCCCGAAUCUCUAUGGUAAAAGCGGACAAAGCUCGCGGAGUUGAGGAUUUACUCCUGCGCAUGGCUCAGACUGGCCAAUUACGAGGGAAAGUCAGCGAGUCGCAGCUAAUUGAUUUACUGGAACAGAUCAAUCAACAGGCUAAGCCGGAGACAAGGAUCGUG